GUAAUCUAGUGAGAAUCCCACAGGGAUAGAUCGAUCUAAAAUCAUUUGGAAUGGGGUCUAAUAGACCAAGAAGUUAUAGAGGCAACCAUUCUACUUUAUUCUACUAUAUUUCAAACUGGUGAGCCGUAGGGCUCAAUGGUUUAAUAAAUUGAAAUCGAAUGCGCUUUAACAAUUGUGUGAAUAUUUUGAGAAAAUUCCAAGGAAUGUGCCAUUUGCCAUAUGUAUAAUAUUUAAACCUGAAUGUUAUGAUAAAUACCUUGAGCACCUCUUACUGACACGAAACGAAACCGAGGGUCCGUGUAACAGAAAUAAAAGCCCGACCUCCAUAUAGCAUAAUGGUUAGGUUUAGUCUGACCCAAGUGGAUCAAAAUCUAGGGCGAGGCUCACCACUAAAAUGAAUAGGAAGCGGACUCUCUGUUAUGGGGAACUCUGUCACGUUACAUCGGCACAUAUCGUUUUGGUGACAGUGCAUUUUAUUAACUAAUUUACAUAUUUCUAAUUAUUUCAAAAUUACAGAGGUCAAAAUGAGAAUGAUGCACCCGAAGCCAUUAAAGACAUCACAACCGCCAAGGUGCAGGUGGCCAACGACCAAAAUCCACGUAGAUUUGAAGUAACUGCUGAAGGAAUGACAUAUCAACUGGAGGCGAUUUCGGCAGAAGAGAGAGGACUGUGGGUGGAAGCCUUAAAACAGGCCAUAGGUCCACGACGUAGUUCAGGAAUCCCGAUGAUAGUCGGAGGUGUCAUCAGCGCGGUAGGGGCUGUUGCUUUAGCCCCAGUCGCUCUAACAGUCGUGGGAUUUACCAGCGGCGGGAUAGCCGCCGGAUCCAUGGCAGCCUCAAUGAUGAGCAGUGCAGCGAUUGCAAAUGGCGGAGGUGUGGCGGCGGGCAGUCUCGUGGCGUUGCUUCAGUCGGCAGGUGCGGCUGGUCUUGGAACGGCAGCAACUGGCGCUGUUGCGACUGUCGGAGGAGCAGCUGGAGCCGCAGUCGUUGGAGUGGGACAAAAAAUCACACAGUUGUUUAGGAAUUAAAACUCUUUGAGGCCACUAUUCGAAUAUAAUUGUCGUAAGAUGUUAACAGAUAUGUUUGACUUUCAAGAAGAAAAACAACUAUAUCCAAAUCAAGACAUUCACAGUUGUAGUGUACCCUCUGCCAGGGUCACAGAUUGACUUUCACUUUAUUUUCACAGAUAUUCCUCUGGCUAAUUCAUGACACAGUUCUUAUUGCACAGAACGGUGCAUAUAAUAAGAUAGAGAAAUAAUUAUCUUUGAAUAUUUAAUGGAAAAUCAAUAAUGCCCCGGUAGAGGGUAACAUUAGCCAACCUUUCCAAAGCAGUCAUUCAAAACUAAUUCACAUAACAUUUAAACAGUAACUAUAAUAAUAUAAAGGAAUGGUAAUUUACGAAAAUGAAUCAAAUUUGGAUUCCGCAAUUUUUCAAUCGUUACUUAUUGGUUUCUUCGGUUGUAAGGAGUUAAGCCAGUUUUGAUUGUUUAAAUGCUAAUAAAAACGAUUAAAAUUGAA